AUGUCCAUCGCCAGCCUUGUGCCUGGAUCCCUGUUCCUGGAGACUUCAGACCCCAAGGACCUCAUUCACGCAGUCAAAGAGAAACAGACGCUGUCUCCUUUCGUAUUGCCGCCGGCGGCACAACAUACGGAGCCCGACUUACAGAGUCCCCCGAAGAUAACCACAUCCCAAUCACACCCAGCCCCCACUCUCUUCAACAUGCCCGCGCCUCGGGCCCCCCGCUUCAGCUUCGCCUACAACAGCAUCCUCCUCGAUCACCAAAAGAUCCAGACGGGACGGGCCAUGAGUCGAGUCAAGGCAAACUACCACCUGUUCCUCCGCAACCAGCCGAGAAAACCGCACUUCAAGAUCCAAGACCUCGGGCCCAGAAGGAGGUGGCAGGUCCCCAAGAUGAGGCAGAUUGAGGAUUGA